UCUGCCUCCAUAAAUUUUGAUUAUCACGUCUCGUUUAUCUGUUUGUUUUGGAUUUAAUUAGAUUCGCAUUAAAAUAGAGACUGUUGAACGAUGAUAAGCGAUGAACUUUCGAACGAGUAAAUAAAUAGUAAAAAAAAAAUCAUAUCAGAUUACACACACACAGUACCUAAAUAGCGAGUAUCAGGUUGUCAAGUAAAGUUUAAAGCCUUAGAAGUGAGUUGAAGUGCGUGGAAACACAAGUCGAAACACAAAAAUUUUUCAAUCAGACGACAAAAAGAAUGUCUGAUCGACAGGCCCUCAUCGAUGCGAGUUCUGGAGAAAGUAGAAACACUUCGAGGUAUGGUGCAGCUGGAGGCACUGACAACAGUAAUGUAGCAAAUAGUGUAGUUAGCGAGGCAGAGAUCAUCAAUACAAGUGAUAGUGGUAGUGGUGCGGGAAACAGUGAAACUGACAUGAGAUCUUUGAAUGUGGUAGAGAAACUCGGAUAUGGCCUUGGACACAUCUACAAUGAUUUAUGUGCGGGCGUCUGGUUCAGCUAUACGCUGCUUUUCUUGCAAGGUGCGCUACAGAUCUCAGCCAAAGAAGCAGGCAUCCUUGUAAUGUUGGGUCAAGUUGGAGAUGCAAUCGCAACGCCCGUCAUUGGAAUUCUCGCAGACAAGUAUGGGACAAAACGAACGUGGCACAUUGGUGGAACUGCUUUGGUUUUUAUGAGUUUUCCGUUAAUUUUUUCCAUAUGUCCUUGGUGCAAAGUCUUCCCGCCUUGGUGGCAGCCAACGUAUUUCGCAAUGUGCAUUUUAGCAUUUCAACUUGGAUGGGCAAUUGUUCAAAUUACCCAUCUUUCAAUGAUACCUGAGCUCUCACGUACGAACACAGACCGAUCCGACUUGACUGCCAUUCGGUAUUCAGCGUCAAUUUGUUCCAACGUUGUUGUUUACGUAGUGACGUGGGCAGUUUUACAUGGACGUGCAAAGGAUGACAACAAUAUUGGUCCUGGUGAUGCCUUUAGAUUCCGUGAUAUUUCUCUCAUUUUGACACUUGCGGGUCUUUCGAUGACGGUUCUUUUCCAUUUUUCACUGAGCAUGAGCAACUACGAAAUUCGACGCCGUUUGGCCCCAUUACCGAAUCAAACUCGCGGACAAUUUGACACGUCAGUCGUUCCAGAGUCCGGCAGUACACCCAGUGCAAGUUCAUCAUCAUCGGGCAUAUCGUCGGACGAUGCUCCCGAUGAAAAUACAUCACUCAUUAAGUCUCACGUUAAAGUGCGCCGAUUUGACAAUGGAAAGUUUUUACGGUCUCCCUUGUUGUACCAAAAUGCAUUUUUAUAUGUUUUUUCUCGUUUGUUUAUGACUACAAGUUUAAUUUACAUGCCGUUGUGGCUGGAUGAACGUGCCUGGACUCCUCCGCAAACCGCCGACAACAAUGUAAUGACUUUGAUUGAGGAGACUGUGGAAACAAAUGCAGUCGAGCAUCUUGCUACCGUGCCUUUAGUCUCAUUUGUGGCGUCUUUUGUGUCGUCUAUUCUCUUAAAGUACUGCAGUCGCUUGUUUGGACAUCAAAUGGCAUAUUUUAUUGGAUCUCUGUUCUGCAUUGGUGGCUGUCUAAGUGUUUACUUUGUGACGCCGACAACGAGCGCUGUGACCGAACUCUUUGGCAUUGCAAUUCUCUUUGGUGCUGGCAGCUCCGUCACCAUGAUCUCCAGUCUCUGUAUUACUGCCGAUAUGAUUGGAUCGCAUUCCGAAAAGGGAGGUUUCAUCUACUCGGCCGUGACUUUCUUCGACAAACUCAUAACGGGCAUCGUUGUUGCCGUUAUUGAAAGUGUCAAGUGCCAAGAUCGUACCGAUUGCCCUCAAUAUUAUCGAAAUGUCUUGGCUUACGGAUGUGGAGCUGCGUGCAUCUGCGGACUUUUUAUUCUCUUGACUUUGCAAUGCACGAAACGGUCACAACGACGCACGCAAAACAUGUUUACGAGUUAAUCACAGAGUAAAAAUAAGGAAAUAGUACUGCCAAAGUUCAACAAGAGUAUACAAUUUUUUAUGUGUGGAGAUAAAUAACUUUUUUGAUUGAGAAGAUGCCUUAAAAAGAAGCUUUGUAGUCAAUUUUUAUUAUUUUGUUAACUAAUAUUUUAUAGCAAUUAAUUUAUCCGUACUUCACGACAAUGUUGAAUUAUGAAAAAAAUCAAUGAAUUUAUAAAGACAUUCCAUGCAAUAUGUUAAUUUUAAUGAAUUUAUAAUAAUUAUACAAGAAAAGUUCCAAUCACAUUAGUUUUAAAAGGUACUUAAAAAAAAUUAAGCCAGAUAUAAAGUAAAACAAAAAGAGAUCUGCUCAAACAUUAUUCUUGAUAUUUAAAAUUAUUUGACUAGAUU